CCGAUUGUUGACUGUCAGUAGUUGAUACACAAACGUAUUUCUGAAUGGCAAAUUCAAACAUUAAUCUAGCACAUCUCAACGAAUAACUAUAAAUUAUCGAUUUUGAUGCGCUCCAUUCAAUGCAGUUUAAUAAUAGUUCUGUAAUGAAAGUGUUGUUUGAAUUUAGUGAAUGAUAAAUUACUGGUGGACGCGACAAAACCAGCGGUGCGAACUAACCUAGAAGGUAUCCUGAACAUACAAAUUUGCGGGACGAUGUCGUAUUUAUCGCGCCGUGAUUUGGAGGAUAUACGUCCUAGUCUGGACAAAAUAGUAUACAAAUUACUGGGAAGCUCGGAUAACUCUGUUCUGUCCACUAUAGAGAGCAAUCUAUACAACGGAUUCGAUCGCAGAAAAUUAAUAGAUAAAUUGUCCCCACUUCUUGAUGGUAAGAAAGCCUCUCGACUCUCUGACAAGGUAGAAGAUUUGGUCGACGGAUUAAAAUCUUCUUCACAUCGGCUAAAGAAAAGAGUUCAUGAAGAUGAUUCUCGUGAAAGAGAUACUAAGAAGGUUAAAACCAGGUAUGAUGACGACAAUAAAAAACCGACAGAAGAAAAGCAUCGUAAAGAGGGAAAUGGAAAUGCUGGUGGGUCUGAUAAAUUGGACGAAACAUCGAAAGACGACAACAAUUCGAAGAAUUUCUCCUCAAACCAAAUCAAAAUGAUGAUGGAAAAUGCUCAAAAGGAAAUUGAGGAAAGGAAGAAGAAACUAGAAUCGAUUAAAGCGACAAAGGCGCCUCCGGCUUCGGCUGUGGCCGCUGCGGCUGCUGUAACAGCGAAAAUCUCCGCUGCUGCCACUGUAGCCAGCUCCGCACAACCUCCGGCUUUGGACAUUGAUCGUUCACGCAAGAUUGCACAGCUGCAAGAACAGAUUCGUGCAAAACUAUCCGGAACUCUGGCUACGGUGCUUCCCCCGGUUGUGCAGGACAAACCAAAGCCCCUGAUUCUUGAUGCCGAAGGUCGCACCGUUGACGGUAGUGGUCAAGCUGUUGAGGUCCCGAAACUAACGCCUACGCUGAAGGCUAACAUUCGUGCUAAAAAGCGAGAAACAACCAAAAUUCAUCAGGCUGAAAAACAGCUACAAGAAGAGUCUGCUGAAGCUCAUUUCUUCGAUGAUCGAAUCACCGUGAAACCGGCAGUGCGCAACAAACGAGCACUCCGUUUUCAUGAACCCGGAAAAUUCCAGCAACUUGCGGAACGUUUGCGCAUGAAAACUCAGUUGGAGAAGCUACAGAAUGAGAUCUCGCAGAUUGCACGUAAAACUGGUAUCAGUUCCGCCACGAAGUUGGCGCUCAUUGCGCCAAAAGCAGACACACAUUCGAAUGAAGUGCCCCAGAUGGAAUGGUGGGACUCGGUAAUUUUAACGGAUGAUUUAAACACGCUCGACAAAACUGGCCGAAUUGCAAUCCGCGAGUCGGCCAUCACCAACUUAAUCGAACAUCCAACACAAAUGCGACCACCAAACGAAUCUUCCCGACCCGUAUAUUUGCCGGUAUUUCUGACAAAGAAAGAGCGCAAAAAAUUACGCCGACAAAAUCGUCGCGAGGCGUGGAAGGAAGAACAGGAAAAGAUUCGUCUGGGACUAGAGCCGCCUCCGGAACCAAAGCUACGGAUUUCGAACCUGAUGCGCGUGCUUGGCACAGAAGCCGUCCAGGAUCCAACGAAAAUCGAAGCUCACGUCCGCGAGCAGAUGGCCAAACGGCAAAAGGCACACGAGGAAGCAAAUGCGGCCCGCAAGCUGACCGAUGACCAGCGACGGGAUAAGAAAGUGAGAAAAAUGAAGGAAGACACAUCGCUCGGUGUUCACGUGUCAGUCUAUCGAAUCAGGGACUUGCAUGAUCAACAGAGCAAAAAGUUUAAGGUAGAAACUAAUGCCAAGCAGCUUUUUAUGACGGGAGUAUGUGUCCUGUUUCGCGAUUGCUGCGCCGUUGUUGUGGAGGGCGGACCGAAGCAGCAGAAGAAAUACAAACGGCUAUUGCUGCAUCGAAUAAAGUGGGAGGAAGAUCUGGUGAAAAAUGCUGACGGCAAUGAGGUUCCCAAUUCAUGUGUUCUUGUCUGGGAGGGGACUGCCCAGAGGCGCUACUUCGGAGAAUUCAAAUACAAGUCAUUCACGAUGGAAAAAGGAGCACGAGAAUUCUUCCAGAAGCAUCAUGUUGAGCAUUACUGGGAUUUGGCCUAUUCGGGAGCGGUACUAGAAGCAUCGGAAGACACGUGAGACAGACUUUGCGUAUCUAAUAAAAACUAGUAAUUGUGUCUGAAUAUUGAACAAAAUUCGAAAGCUGUUCAAUGUUUGGUAAAAUAGUUCUGCGCUUUAAGAUGUUGAUGUAUACUUUAAAUAAAUUGAGAUGAAACACU